AUGGAGGAAAAUGGUCAUGAAAAGCUAGCUGCCUUAGAAGAAAGAAUGAAGGCGAUAGAAGGGAAUAGUUUGUAUGAUCCCAUGAAGGCCGCUGAAAUGUGUUUAGUGCCUAACGUGGUUAUUGCCAGAAAAUUCAGAGUUCCAGAAUUUGUUAAAUAUACCGGAACUCAAUGCCCAAUCACCCAUCUUAAAGCAUAUUAUAAUAAGAUGGCUGAAGUAGUCCAUCAUGAGAGAUUAUUGAUCAAUUUCUUUCAGGAUAGUUUAAGUGAUGUUGCUCUUACUUGGUAUAUACAUUUGGAUAAUACCAAGAUUAAAGGAUGGAAGGACUUGGUUGAUGCUUUUAUUAGACAGUAUAACUUUAACAUGGACAUUGCCCCAGAUAGAUCAAGUCUUAUUGGUCAGGUAGCACCUAUUCCAUUAAAACCUUUACAACCACCAUUUCCCUUUUGGUAUAAACCCGAUAAAAAAUGUGAAUACCAUGCUGGUGCUGUCGGUCAUAAUAUUGAUGGAUGUAUUGCUUUCAAAGGAAAAAUCCUUCAGCUCAUCAAAGCUGGGUGGAUUUCUUUUGAUGAGUCUCUAAAUAUGAAUUCUAACCCUCUACCAAAUCAUGCUUCUGGAGGUGGGGGAGUUAAUAAUUUGGAGAUAGGAAAGGGAAGUACAUCAACUUUAAGGGUGACUAUGGAUAGAUUGUAUGGGAUGUUGAGGCAAACAAACUAUUUAAAGACACCAGUCAAAGUACAAGCUGUAAGGAAUGAGAAUGAAUAUUGUAAAUAUCAUCAGCAGCUGGGGCAUGAUAUCGACUCAUACGAGGAGUUUCAUUUGAAGGUAGAAAAUAUGAUGACGUUGGGAGUAUUAAGAUUAAUGAAACCCAAAGAAGAUGAGUUGGUAGGAACAAUGACUGCUUGUAACAAGAAAGUGGAAGUUUGUAGAUACAUACCAACCGAAAAGGGUCCACCAAAAAUGAUCCUAACCAAGCCUAAUAAUAUUGUCAGCAGGAGUUUUAAUGCCCAACCCUAUAAUUAUGGUUAUUCCUUUCACAACACAAAUCCUGCCCCUGUUUUCCAUGCUGAAAUAGGAGGACUUACUCGGAGUGGGAGAUGUUUUACUCCUGAAGAGUUUGAAAACCAUAGAAAAGCCAAAGGAAAGGAUAUGGUGGAAUUGACAAAGAUAGAUGAGGUUAAUAAGCCAGUAAGUGAUGAAAAGGCUAAUGAAUUUCUAAAAUUGAUGAAGCACAACGAAUAUAGUGUGGUUGAUCAGUUAAAGAAAACACCUACUAGGAUUUCUUUGUUGUCAUUAAUGUUGAGUUCAGAAUUGCAUAGGAAUGCGCUUCAAAAGGUUCUUAAUGAAGCAUAUGUUCCUCAGGAUAUCACACAAGACUCCAUAGAACAUUUGGUGGGCAGGAUUCAAGCCACCAACUACCUCUACUUUACCGAUGAUGAGCUGGAUCAUGAAGGGACUGGUCAUAAUAAACCAUUGAACAUCACGAUAAAAUGCAAGGAUUAUGUGGUCGCUAAGGUGCUUAUAGAGAAUGGUUCUGCUCUCAAUGUAUUGCCAAGACAUGUACUUGAUAAAAUGCCAGUUGAUGCCUCUCACAUGAAGCCAAGUACCAUGACUGUUAGGGCAUAUGAUGGGUCACCUCGACCAAUCAUUGGGACCCGAGCUGUCGCAUCUUUUUUACAUCAACGGGUCAAGUUUAUAAUCAAUGGAAAUUUGGUGACUGUGAGGACUAAGGAAACUUUGUCAAUAAUGAAAAAUGUGUUGAUCCUUUACAUAGAAACUGAAGAAAGUAAGGAUGGAAAUCUGCAUGCAUUUGAAGUUGUAAAUGCUGAAUGGGUACCAGAAAAUACAAUACGAAGAAAGCCAGAAAUUUCCGAAGCAGCAAAAAUGGCUGCUAAAUACUUCUUAAAGCAUGGACUGCCAUUUCAAUAUGACCACACUACUAGAAUGCCUGAGAGGGUUAAUGUGAUAAAAAUGAAGUGCGCGGAUCAAAGGCUUGGCUUAGGGUUUAAGCCUGGGAAAGCAGAUUUCAAAAGAGCAGCUGAAAUUAGAAGAGAAAAGAGAAUGGCCCGGUUUGAAAAGAGAGAACCAGAUGAAGAUCGAAUGGAGAUCCCCCCAAUCUAUGUAACGUUCCCAGGAUCUGCAUAUGUGAUAAAAACUGAAGACUAUGAGGGAGGACUAAGAAAGGAAUUCAAUGGUGUUCCUAUCAAUUAUCUUGAAAAAGUCGGUGAACAAAAGUUAAAGGAAGAAGAUAGUACUCAUGACCAGUUGCCCCAGCUGACUAUUGGCAUUUUGGAAGAUGGCUCAUCAGAAUUCGUGAGGAAACUGACCGAGGGAGAAGAUUUAGCAAAUUGGGAAAUUCAUGAAGUUCCAAUUAUUUUCAAAAAGAAAUCUGAAAGCGGAUUGUCAUACACCUCACAAACUCAUUGCACUGUGGAUAAUUGGCUUAACUUUGAUGAAAAUAUAAUUGCCAUGGAUGAGGAAGAGUUUGGUGAAAAGGAUAUCCAUGAGUUCGCAAGGUUAGUCGAACAAUCUGACCGCAUAUGGAAGCCUGCAAAAGAAGAAUUAGAACUGAUAAAUGUGGGCACCGAGGAUAAUAAACAAGAGUUGAAGAUAGGGAAGCUAGUCUCUACUGACCAAAGAAGUAAACUGAUUGCUCUUUUACAAGAAUAUGUUGAUGUUUUUGCCUGGUCAUACGCUGAUAUGCCUGGUCUAGAUAUUGAUAUUGUGGUACAUAAACUACCUUUGAUAGAAGGUUGUAAGCCAGUUAAGCAAAAGUUGAGGAGGACAAGGCCAGAUAUACUAAUCAAAGUGAAAGAAGAAAUAAUGAAACAGUGGGAUGCUGGAUUCUUGGAAAUAGUCGAUUAUUCUCAAUGGGUGUCCAAUAUCGUAGUAGUACCCAAGAAAGAUAACAAAAUCAGGGUAUGUGUGGAUUUCCGAGACUUGAAUAAGGCAAGCCCGAAGGAUAAUUUUCCUUUACCCCAUAUAGAUGUGCUAGUGGAUAGUGCCGCUAAGAGUUCAACUUACUCUUUUAUGGAUGGUUUCUCUGGGUAUAAUCAGAUUAAAAUGGUCGAGUAAGACAAGAAGAAAACAACAUUUGUCACCCCGUGGGGAACAUAUUGCUAUAAAGUUAUGCCAUUUGGACUGAAAAAUGCUGGGGCAACUUAUCAAAGAGCAAUGGUGACACUGUUUCAUGACAUGAUGCAUAAAGAAAUUGAGAUAUAUGUGGAUGAUAUGAUUGCUAAGUCUAAAGAUGAGGAAAACCAUAUCCUAGCUCUGAAGAAAUUAUUUGAAAGGCUGAGAAAAUAUCAAUUAAAGUUGAACCCUACAAAAUGCACAUUUAGGGUGAAAUCGGGGAAGUUAUUGGGAUUUAUGGUAAGCAAUAAUGGCAUAGAAGUAGACCCUGACAAAGUGAAGGCCAUACAAGCUAUGUCAACUCCUAAAACUGAGAAAGAAGUUCGAGGUUUUUUGGGGCUUUUAAAUUACAUUGCUCGAUUUAUUUCACAACUUACAGUCAUUUGUGAACCAAUCUUUUGAUUACUUCGAAAGAAAAACCCUGGAGUAUGGGAUGAAGACUAUCAAAAAGCAUUUGAUAAGAUCAAACAAUAUCUGCAAAACCCACCAUUAUUGGUACCACUUGUGCCUGGAAAGCCUCUCAUUUUGUAUUUAACAGUGACUGAAUCAGCAAUGGGUUAUGUGCUUGGCCAACAUGAUGAGACUGGAAGAAAAGAACAAGCCAUCUACUACCUUAGCAAAAAGUUCACUGAGUGUGAAUCUCGUUACAGUAUGAUUGAGAAGUUGUGUUGUGCUUUGGUAUGGAGUGCGAAAAGACUUCGACAAUAUAUGCUAUAUUAUACCACUUGGUUAAUUUCAAAGAUAGAUCCUUUGAAAUAUAUUUUUGAAAAACCGUACAUGUCAAAUAGGCUGGCCAGAUGGCAAGUGUUGUUGGCUGAAUAUGAUAUCAUCUACAAAACAAGAAAAUCCGUGAAAGGAAGUGCAAUUGCAGACCAUUUAGCUGGUAACGCCCUUGAAGACUAUGAGCCAUUAAAUUUUGACUUCCCUGAUGAAGAUGUGCUAGUAAUAGAAAAUGAAGGGAGGACCAUGUACUUUGAUGGUGCAGUGAAUGUGUCUGGUAAUGGAGUUGGUGCUGUAAUAAUUUCUCCCGAAGGAAAACAAUAUCCCAUCUCCAUUAAACUGCAAUUUAGUUGCACAAACAACACGGCUGAAUAUGAGGCUUGCAUUCAUGGAUUAGAAGCUGCAUUGGAAUUGAAGAUACGGAAACUAGAGGUAUAUGGAGACUCCAUGUUGAUAAUCUGCCAGACAAAGGGGGAAUGACAGACAAAAGAUGAGAAAUUGAAACCAUAUCAAGAAUAUCUCUCCAAGUUGGCUAAAAACUUUGAAGAGAUAGAGUUCAAUCAUUUAGGAAGGGAUAAGAAUCAGUUUGCAGAUGCUUUAGCAACCCUGGCCUCUAUGGCCACAAUCGAUUGUGGUAUCAGAGUACAUCCUAUAGGCAUUGAUAUCAGAAGUUCUCCUACUCAUUGUUAUUUAAUAGAAGAAGAAAUUGAUAGCAAUCCUUGGUAUACAAAUAUAAAAAGAUUCAUCCAAUAUCGGGAAUAUCCUUCUGAAGCUUCAAAGACAGAUAAGAAGACAUUGAAAAUGGCAAUGGAAUACUUUCUAGAUGGAGAAAUCUUGUACAAAAGGGCAUUUGAUGGGACUUUAUUAAGAUGCCUAGAUAGAUCAGAAGCCAAUAAAGCUUUGUACGAAGUACACAGAGGAAUUUGCACCACCCAUGUAAAUGGACACAUGAUGGCGAGACAAAUGCAAAGAGCUAGGUAUUUUUGGAUGACUAUGGAGAAGGAUUAUGUGAUUGGGCCUAUUAAUCCAAAAGCUAGCAAUGGUCAUCAAUUUAUCUUGGUCGCAAUUGAUUAUUUUACAAAGUGGGUGGAGGCCUGUUCAUAUGCUUAUGUGACGCAGAAAGUGGUCAAGCGUUUCAUUGAGAGAGACUUAAUUUAUAGGUAUGGUUUGCCAGAAAAGAUAAAAACCGAUAACGCCAAGAACUUCAAUUGGAAGAUGAUCGUGGAAUUAUGCACUAAAUGGAAAAUCAAGCAUUCCAAUUCAUCCCCUUACCAACCAAAGAUGAAUGGUGUUGUUGAAGUUGCAGACAAGAACAUAAAGAAGAUUGUCCAGAAAAUUGUGGUUACAUAUAAAGAUUGGCAGGAAUGUCUUCCUUGUGGUCUACAUGCAUAUCGAACAACAAUAAGGACAUCCAUUGGGGCUACACCUUAUUCAUUAGUUUACGGAAUGGAGGUAGUGAUACCUUUGGAAGUAGAAAUUCCUUCUCUAAGGGUCCUCAUGGAAUCUGAGCUAGAAGAGGCUAAAUAG